AUGAAGAAGGAGAAGGAGUGCAGGAAACUGCAGCAGGAGCUCCAAAUGGAGAGAGAGAAGUACAACAAGGUGAUGGAGAAGUUCCAGAGGGACCUGUCCGAGAGCCAGGCGGCCCUGUACGAGGAGGGACAGUCACGUACCAAGCUGCAGAUGGAGCUAGACGCCAAGGACAGCGAGAUAGAGCUGCUGCAACAGAAACUAAACGUGGUCAACCUGGACAGUGCCUCCGUCCACAGUGGCAGUAUGGAGGACGGGGAUAACUCCAAGCAUAACUCCAGCCUCUCAUCUCCAGACAAUCAUAUGGAGGGCUGGCUAUCGGUUCCCAACAAACAGAACAUUAAGAAGUAUGGCUGGAGGAAGCAGUAUGUGGUGGUCAGCUCCAGGAAAGUGCUGUUCUACAGUAGCGAGGCCGACAAGCAGAAGUAUGCACCCAUGCUCGUGCUGGAUAUAGAGAAGCUGUACCAUGUGCGGUCAGUAUGUCAAGGAGAUGUCUAUUGGGCAGAUGCAAAAGACAUUCCCAGAAUAUUCCAGGUGCUGUAUGGUACUGAAGGUGAGAAAAGGAAAUCUGAGGAGAACCCAGGGGAAAUAAACAACCAGCCAAAGACGGGUGCUAUUGACCAUAAGGGUCACGAGUUUAUAGACCUCCAUUUCCGUACGCCCACCACAUGUGAUUCCUGCAACAAGCCAAUGUGGCACAUGCUUCAUCCACCCAACGCCAUGGAGUGCAGACGUUGUCACUUCAGGGUGCAUAAAGACCACUUUGACAAAAAGGAAGAGUUUGUUGGUUACUGCAAAGUUAACUGUGAUCAGAACAUCCAAGCGAAGGAACUGCUGCUUCUGGCAGAUACUUCAGAAGACCAGAAGACAUGGGUGAAGCACCUGAGCAAGAAAAUCUCCAAGAAAGGCAUUAUCAGCCAGGGAACAUUAGGGACGUAA